GCGUAAUGUUUACUAUUUCUUAACUUCUUGCUCAGCAAUUAUUAACCAGGUCACUUCUAAACAAGGCUCCUGACUGCUUUGGUGUGGUGAUUUGAUUCCUGACAAAAUGUGCAUGAGGUGUCUCGGAUUCGUUCUCUUGCUUUGGUUUCCUGGAGUGCUUCAUGCACAAACGGCAGCACAGCCAUGUCCUGCUCCCCGCCUGAAUGAGGGUUAUUUUGUCCCUAAACUGGAGGUGUAUUCUCACGGAGAAACCCUCAGUUACGCCUGUGAUGAGGGUCACAAACCAGCGGUGGAGGGCUGGUGGGCAACAAGCACAUGUGAAAAUGGCAAAUGGUCACCUCAGCCACAAUGUAUAAAUGAAAAAGCCUGCUUUCAUCCAGAUAUUCCCAAUGCAGCGCACCCUGACAAUGCGAACAGUUGGUAUGAGGAGAGAAGUGAAAUAAAUAUAGCAUGUGAUAAUGGGUAUGAACCCAAAGCCACCACAGUGACAUGUGUGAAUGGAGCAUGGAGCUCUGCACCAGUCUGCAACAAAAGUGUCGAUGCAUGCGGUGAGCCUCCUCAAAUCCCUCAUGCGGUCAUCAUCUAUCGGGGACACCAGGAGGUGUUUGCGGCCGGUUCUAAAGUGCAGUAUCAGUGUGAAGGUGGAUACGAUACGGAGGGAGCAAACACCCAAAAAUUCAUCAUUUGCUCGUCUGGAAACUGGAGUGAAGGUCCAGUCUGUAAAAGUCUUGACGCAUGCGGUGAGCCUCCUCGUAUCCCUCAUGCAGCCAUCAUUAAUCGAGGACAGCAGAAGGUGUUUGAGGCUGGUUCUAACGUGCGGUAUGAAUGUGAAGAUGGAUACACUACAGAGGGAACAAACACCCAAAAAUUCAUCAUUUGCUCAUCUGGAAGCUGGAGUGAAGGUCCAAUAUGUAGAUCGUCUACCAGCUCUGGAUCAAAUGAUGGAGGACAUGGACAUUCCUUUGCAACAAUCGACAGAUGUGGAGACUUCCCUGUAGUUCAAAACGGUGAAGUUGUGCAAACCGGUCUAAGAAGUUUGAAAUACCAGUGUGCAAAUUAUUACAAACUAGUGGGUCCAGCUACAGUGGUGUGCUACAGAGAUGGCACCUGGUCUGUGGCGCCCACAUGCAAAGCUGCCUUCUGUUCAGUGGACACCAGUGCACAUCCUGAGUUAAAAUCUGUUGGAGUGAAAUACAUAAAAGAUGGUGAGAGUGAGAGAUUGGAAUGUACAGAUGUCUGGAGGUGGACGAACUAUUCUGAGGCACAGUGCACUGAUGGAAAAGUGAAACGUUCCAGAUGUUGUAACUGGACUCAACUCAAUCUGGGUAUCUGCUAAGGUGAAGAUACAGCUGCUGUUGGAAGCAUGGAAGCUCCUGAGAGACAACCGACAUAUGAAAAUACUUGGACAUUCUAUGUUGGGUUUUAUUUUGAUCUAGAAAUGAGUACAGUAUACACUAGAAGUGAGUACGCCCCUUUGUAAUAUAAUGCUAAUGUCAAAUGAUUCAACAUUGUAUUUCCAUUACUUCUAAUGUGAGCAGUGUUAUAUUUAUGUACUCUGCUCAUGUACUUAUGCAAAAUAUAAAAUUAAAAGAUUAGAUUUACUUUAAUAAAAAUGCAGGCCCCACAAUGGAAGCUCAGUGUAAGAAAAGUCAGUCAGAUUUUUGGUGCCAGACUCAACAAUCCUCCUCAACAGAGGAUACGAGAGUUACUGUUAACGCUGGAAUAUUUGUCUCCUUCAAAGCUUCUGUAAAUUGGAAGUCAUCAUGUCACAAAGUAUUUUGGUCCCUCCACAGAUAUAUCUCUACAGAGAUAAUCUGUAAUUGUCUUUACCCUUUAAGCACUCAUGCAACCCCAUAUCAUCACAGAACACGGCAAGCAUGCGACCCAUCAGAGCUAAACAAAUGUAUCUGAGUUUCAUCUGACCAAAAACAACCACCAUGCUUGUUUUUUACUCCCAAACAGUAAGGGUGUUUUAUUCUUGGACACCAUCCGUAGAGGCUGAUGUAUGAUGAUUUUACACAGUGAGCGAUUACAGCAACUCCAGUUUCCAGUGACAGCCUCUGUGCUGAGUCUGAAGCUCCUGAACAUUUGUCUUUCCAGAGCUGGAUUGUACAAGUAGCACAAUGUCCGCGGUAUUGUUUUAGGAGGAUGACCACUGCAGCUCUGAUUAGUGGUACUAUCUCUUAUUCUAUGCCUCAUUAUUACUGCUGCAAAUGUGUUUUCACAGAUUUUUUUGUAGGCGACCAACCUCUCUGCAGCCUUUUUGUGAAGUCUCAUGAUCACAUUUUUCACUUCCUCUGGCAAUUCUUUUGCAUGACAGCAUAGUCCAUAGGUCAAUAACUGACAAAGUUCUGGUCUUCAAGAGCCAUUUUUGGACCAUAUUCAUCACAAGUGAAAUUGCAUGUGUAUUGGUGAAUUCACUGUGUUCUGAGUUUCUACUUUGAGGCCUGUAUUUUCAUUAUUUUCUUUCUAAAGUAAUGGUUUUGAUUGUUCAUAAGAGGAAUUACUGCACUGUUAAAGCUUCUGGAAUUAAAUACAACAUUUAGCUGA